AUCGUAAUUCUUCCAGGGAAUCCAGUGAUCUCAUGUGAGCGUGAUCGUAUUCUUGUCACAAUCGCAACAACUCGUCCAUUUGCUGGGAAAAUUUUCGUGAAAGGCGAAUACUCCAAUCGACAGUGUAUGCGAGCGUACGUAAACGGUUUUCCAGUACCAUCAGAAGACACGCUUCUAUCACCCUCUCCUGAACGAUCACCUCACAAAGAUGAAAAGCUGGGAGGCGUGACUGCUGUACCCGAUGCAUCUCAAGAAAUGGGCGGAGACUACCUAGACAGUGCAGAAAUACUCCCUUCACCAGAACAAGCUGGUCGUUUUUUGAGUGAUGGCGAUUUGCAGGUGUCCAAUCGAGCUAAAGCUGCAGACGCCCACGAGCAUAUGCCAGGAAGUGGCGAUUACUUCACCAGUUCUAAGUGGUCAGGCUACGGUGGAGCCAGCUCAAGUGAUCACCGCGGUAAGCCCUACGUGGGCGCUUUCGGAGGAUCGCGACUGGAGGAGAUCACGUCCACCGUGAUCCCGGGUUUGAAGGUCUACCAGAAAUCAAAACUUGUCGAUUCUCAAGAAAUACCAAAGUACCCGGGACCACAGGGACUCACUUCCGCAAACUGUCCGUUGAAAUGUGAGCCUUGUUGUGUUUGCACAAAACAGGAGAAGAUACAGGAACGGCGGAGAAGAGACACCAACACCGUGGAGCUAUCAGUGCCAUUGGGAGCUUGCAACACGAAGCGCGACAGAAAAUUAUCGCCACCUACUCUAUCGGUGUCGUUCGUCGCGGUCAUCUCGUUCCACGAUUCGUUUAUCACAAAACUCGAUCGCGCUUACCGUAUUCAAUGUGCCUAUGUGGAGGCGAACAGAAGUCUCAGCACUCAGCUAGACGUUGGUACACUGGCGCCGUCGCAAGUUAACGGGACAGCUCCGCCACCUGUCUGUGGUUAUCAUAUCUCUGGCGCCAACGGUCAGCAGAUCCAAAACGUUCGUGUUGGCGACCAGGUAAAAAAACACGAAUGGAUCUGCACCACGUCGGCACCAAAAUUAUACUCUAUGCUGAUCCACUCAUGCUACAUUGAAGACGGUGCUGGUCAACGUUAUCAAGUGAUUGAUGAGAAUGGG